CUAAAAUCUCUUUGGUUUCUUCUUCCCCGAACGAACAACGGCGGCACAAACCAUUACCGGCGGCUUCCUCUCUCACAAAGAAGAUACGCAAUUUUGGCCUGUCUCUGCCUUCAAACACCGACAUUUAUCUAACUUUCCAUUGUUGAAAUCUAUCAAAGCAAUUGGGAAAACCGUGUCAAGUGAAUUGCCAUGAAAGGAGGAAGAAAGAAUCUGAAGCAAGCAGCUCAGCAGGAGGAUUUCACUCUUCAACAAGGCCAGAGCAUAAUGCAAGUCGUCUCACUUCGAGGUUCCAAUCUCAUUGAGGUAAUGGAUGAUAAAGGUGAUAAAGCUCUAGCACGGUUUCCAGCUAAAUUUUUCAAGAGCAUGUGGACAAAGAUAGGGAACUUUGUUGUUGUUGAUGAAAGUGGAAGAGAGGAGGCAAUUGAAUCGGGUGGAAAAGUUUCGUGCGUUGUUUCUCAAGUCCUAUUUCAUGAACAAGUCCGAAAUCUUAAAAACGCUCCAGCAUGGCCAGAAGUAUUCAAACCGAAAGAUACAAAAAAUGCUAGCAUAGAACAAACUACAUUGUUGCAGGUAGAUGAAGAAUUGAAAUCAAGUGAUAAUGAAGAAGACAGCGAUGAUGAUGACGAUCUCCCUCCAUUGGAAGCCAAUACAAAUAGGUGGAGGCCACCAGUGUGGAAAUCAGAUAGCGAAACAGAUAGCGAAAAAGAAUCUUAGAUUUUGUAUGGAUAAAGGUAUAUUUCUUCAAGCUUAUGGCUGUUCCUUGGAUAAUGUUAUUCAUUAAUAAUCUUAUCAGUUAUAAUGUUUCCUUCUCAAUUGAAAACUGUUUUUUAUGUUUUUCA